AUGUUCACCUGUUUUAUUCACAACCUAGUCUUACAAGGAAGAUAUCGUUAUUUAUAAGUAUUUUUUAAAAACCAUAUAAAGGAUGAAUGUUACUGUUUUUCAUAAUGUUAUAUUUGGUUUGCUUGUGAUACCAAUAUUGUUGGUUGCUUCAAGUAACGCUUAUUUUUUAUCAAACGAUUCAACAAUUUGGGGGGAAAUCAACUGCACACUGGCCGUUCCAGAUCUUAAUUUUACAGAUGAAGGUAUUUAUGUCGUGAACGAUGAUGUAUCUGUAUUAUCCUUGCCAUCGGAGGGUGCAUGGAUAGGACUAUACAAAGCUCGAUUGAGUUAUUCAUAUGUUGGUUGCAAUACACUGAAUGACACCGAUGUGUUGCUGGUAAGAAAUUUGAGCGACUGUAGAUGGCAAAGUGGAUGUGACAUGUUUGGAGUACGAAAAACGGACACUGAUAAAGUUGAGUGCAAGUGUUUGAAAUCGUUUGUUACCAAGGAAAAAGGAUGUACUUCCAUGUGCGGAUCAGAAGAUAAAUAUCCGUGUGGACCUAUUGGAAACAGCAAUUUUUCAAUAUACACUAUCGAAAACGUUUCGAGUUGUUCUCUUGGUUGUGAUGAUGUUACUAACGGAUGUUUAGGCGUUCGUUUUGAUAAUGUGAAGAAGGUCAGAUGGUGGUUGUGCAGCAGGUCAUGGAACACUUCAAUUUUGUGUAGCAAACAACCGUAUAAUGAAACUGAUGGAGAGAUUGAGGCAUUUCCGAGAAAAAGAAAUAAAACAUGGGCAAACACUGGACAGAAGUGUCUCGAAAAUGGUCUGUUUCCAACACCAUUUCGACAUAUCCAGUCAAUAAACUUAAAUGAAACAAGAGGGUUCUGGACAAGCGUUAUCAGGAUGGAGUCUCUGCUCAGUGUUCAUGACAACUUUGCUACUUCCAAUCCGAUGCAGUACGCCUAUGUUAAAUGUGUUGGGGGUGAACUUAAAGUCGGAUUUGACGGUGACUUUACCAAACAAAGGACAGCUCUAUGCCGGGGUGGUGGAGUUACAACAACAAUGCAAACUACUACGUCCAAAUAUACUUCUACAAAGGAAUCCGAAGACCAAACUACACAAGGUCAUGUAUAUACAACUCAUACAUCAACGUCAGAAAGAUCGACGCCAUAUCACGAGACAAAAACAAGAGAUUUAACAUCCCCUACGAGCUCUAGUUUAGCUGAGAAAGUAGUACAUCAGUCUCCCAUCACAGUGAUAGCUGCUAGUGUUUCAUCUGGCGUUCUUCUGGUCACAGCAGUUGUCAUGGUUAUUCUUUGGAAAAGGGGAACAUUACAUUGUUUUCGGAACGGUAAAAACGUAGCGGAAACAAACGAAUCGAUAAUGCAGGAUUUUCCCACAGAAGCCGAAGAACCAAAAUCAAACACUCAUCCUAAUGCGUAUCUAAACGACGGAUAUUCAAUGUGUGAAGACCUUACCUUUUCAUCUAUACAAUCAGUACCUGUGAAUGAUGAGCAUAUGUACGCCAACGGAGUUGCUAAACAUAUAAAUCCUGGAGUAGUUGAGACUUCACAUACUGUGUACAACGACUGUAAGAAUGGUCAGCGAGAUGAGAACUAUGAUCAUAUGAACAGCAAUGAUAUGCCUAAGUUUCUUUCACCUCGACCUGUCAAUGACUAUGAUUCCAUGACAACCUACAAGACGAAGACGGAUGGAAAUAGCGAAGAAACGUACAACCACUUAAAUGAACCAUUGGGUCGGGUAGAGAUAACGGACAAUGUGUAUGGAUUUAAAGGAAACCAAGAACCCGACGACGAAUAUGACACUACGUUUGAGACAACGAUGUCAAACACCGAAGGGCGCGGUGAUAAGGGUUUUGACGAGUAUGACGAGAUAAACAGAAAAUGGUAGUUUUUAAGAAAAUACCAAACUGCUAUGACACUGUAGAAUCCAAGGUUGAAAUGAUAUCUUUACAUUAUUGAUAAUUAUGUUCUAUAGAUUCGUAAAAUAAUAUUACGACAAUCUUUACUAAACUUUAAUUAAUAACUCUACUAACUCGACGCUCACUGCUAUUUCGUUUGAGUGAGAUAAAUUGUUUGUGUAACAUAGCAUGACUAACCUGCAUUCGAAUAACGAAAAAAACAACAGACUGUUUUGGAUUAAAGUUAUUAAAUUGUAAAAAAGUAUUUUAUUUCAUUUUGUAAUUAUGUAUGUGUCAUUCACAAGUAUAUUAAAUUUUAUACGAG